CUCAGGCAUUGUUCAAACAUUUGUAUAUUUUGGCACAAAAACAAGUAGCGCGCUCUUGCAAAUUUCUUGUCAGUAGUACGUUUAUAGAUUACCUGCGCUUCUGAAUUGUAAAACAGAAUUAAUGUUACAGCGUAGCGAAGGCUGAUUCGGGGUCUUAUCUGAUUAAAUCACUCUUCUGACUAAUGACUAGAUCAGUCUUGUUAAAGUGACUUUCAACUUACUACAAAUACUAUAAUAAUGUAUGAUAUUCGUUAAGUGUAUACAAUGAAAAUAUAGAAAGGUAACAAUGUUCAAACGCAACAUAUGCUUCAUAACGACGUGUAUACUGACAAUUGUGUACUGUGUUUAUAUCUCAACUCACAUAUAUAACGGAUAUAUGGCGACAACCUACCAGCAAAUGUCGUUUUCUAAAACUGAAUAUGAGGGAAGAGACAACUUUGAAGAUUUUUCCAGUAAGCAAGCAUCAUUCACUCCUACCAUAUAUCAAUUAACGGAGGAAGAAGAAAAGCAGCUUAGUGAGAAAUUAAACCAAGCAUCAAAAAAUAGAAAGGUGAUUGUGAUCUGGGGCGGAUUCAACAGACCCGAAAGAACUGGGAAUGAAAUGAAUAGAAAUUGUGGAUACUGUAGCCUUGUCGCAAAGAAUAAUACAAGGAUAGUGGACAGUCAUACAGCAGCUGUAGUGUUUACCUACAGAAAGGUGAACUCUGCGACUAUGCCAUCGAAAUCCUUAAGACGUCCUGACCAGUUGUACAUUUGGCUAAGUGGUGAAUCUCCAUCUUCCCUACAACAAAGAUCGAUGAACUUCACUUUUGAAACUGAUCGACAAUUCAAUGCCACAAUGACUUUAAGAGGAGAUUCCGACAUUUUUUAUACCUACGGGAACGCUUUUUUUUCGCAUCAUGCAGUAAACAAACUAUUUGCAAAGGAAUACGACGGAAAAUUUGAAAAUAUGCUAAAAGUAAAAACAAAUCAUACUAUAGCUAUUAUUUCAAACUGUAUUUUUUCGCCUGCUGCACGUAUCCGAAUAAAAAUCAUAACAGAAAUGUCAGAAUAUGGACUUAGAAUAGAUAAGUUCGGAUCUUGCUUCAACAACACCUUAGAAAGAGCAUCUCACAUAGAAAUAUUGAAAUCCUAUAAAUUCUAUCUCGCUUUUGAAAAUUCUUACCACUGUAAAGACUAUAUCACUGAAAAAUUCUUUAAAAUUGGUUUGCAAAAUGGUGUCGUACCAGUUGUGUGGGGUCCAAAACGGGAUGACUACAACAGAGUUGCACCACCGAAUUCUUUCAUUCACGUUGACGAUUUCUCUUCACUACAAGAACUAGUUUCAUAUCUUGACUUCUUGGAUAAUAACGAUGAAGAGUAUCUAAAGUAUUUUAGUUGGUAUCUUCUUCCAGGAGAAGAUAUGCCUAAUUAUGGAAGACAAACGGCAUACUGUCAAAUAUGUCGAAUUGUGAAUGGAAUCAACAUAGAUGAGCGUUUCAAGCCAGAUUUCAAUUCGAUGAACCCAAAGAUACCUCUUUUUACAAAUGGAACGGCAAGACGGACAAUUACAGAACAUAUGGAAAAUGUGAUUUAUGGAAGAGAAGAUAUUGAAUGCUUGGAGAGCGAUCCUGAUGUUUUUAAAAACGAGAAGUACAAACCUUUAAAAUACGGAUCUUCCCAAUUAUAUGAAGUAAAUAACUAUACAAAUGGGCUUCAUAAGACAAUAAAUCAGCUUGAAAAUGCCAGAUAACAAUAAACAAAAGCAUUUAUCCUAAAAUGUUCUCUAAUUUCGGCAUAAAAAUUGAUUCUUAGAAUUAAUGUGAUCUUUAUCUUUACAGUUAUAUCUUGUUUUGUCUCAGGAAGUUAUGACUUUGAUCAAACGAAAGUUUACGAAUAGUCUCGCUGAUUCGUUGAAAAAAAAUAUGCUUCACUUUUUCAUUUUUAUGAUUAAAAUUAUUGUAUGAAAAUAAGGAAAAUAGGCCAAGCUUUGGAGUGCUAUCACAAAAAAGCAAAAUUCUGCAUUUUCUUUUUUAAAGUAAAAUAACACACACUGAAUGAAUAUUCUAAAAGUGGGUCGUAUGGGAAAUUCGAAUUCUAAAAGAAGCUGGUAGUCGAAAACUUCUCACUUUUAGAAAUGGAUGAAAUAUUAUAAUAGAAAUAUUUGAAGUCGUGCUAUAUCAAUGCACAAAAUGAUAUUAACGAAAAAAUAGAACUUCCGUCGACAACGUUAACAAGGGGAAACAUCCUUUAAGAAAAUUAAAUUUUUUGGCUUAAAAACCAAUUCGAAACAGGGUAGUCGGUUUGAAUAUAUGUUAUUAUAUAAUAUGUUCCAGAUUUUACAUGGGUAUAUAUAUAUAUACUUACUUGAAUUAGUCAUAUAAAAAUUGAAAAUAGAUACGAAUAUAAAAAGAAUUCAAUAAUAAAAUACGAUCUUACAUUACAGA